UUUGCAACUUAGAAAGUUUUGUGUGCAACAUGGCAGAAAUAUCACUCCAAACAACUACGUCAAGCUGUCCUCCAUUGUAUGUUGGUCAAAGCUGCCUGCCUGCCUCAGUUCAAUUCCACCACCACUUUAUGUUGCUUUUGUUUGUUCCUAAAUGUUCUCUGGAAAAUGUCAGCGUCUUGUCCAAGUCUGCAAACCAGCAACACUCUGGCAUUUAGAUUCUUGCUACUUUUAGCAGCCAUUUCCUGACUGAUUUACUUCAAAUUCCACCUGAAUCGGUCUGCCGUGGUCUUUCCUCUGCUUCGUCUCUGUCUGCAUUUUAGAUGCGAUGGUGAUGAUGAUGUCAGGGCAUGACAUCAUCAUUACCAUCGCAGAGUAUGUGAUGAUGUCAGGGCAUGACAUCAUCAUUACCAUCGCAGAGUAUGUGAUGAUGUCAUGUCAUGACAUCAUCACAUACUCUGAUGAUGUCAGGACAUGACAUCAUUCAACAUCAAAACACAACAUUUAGAACAUUUAGACAGACUAUGAUGUCAUAUUUUGUCAUUAGAGAAAAUAUGACAUAGCUUCUAAGUGUACAUAUAGGACCCUCUCACAGAGUCUUUGCAGGAAAGAAUAAGAAUCAAGGCUCGGAAAAAACGUUUAUAGCAUUCAGGAAAAGGGCUUUUUUUUAAAUUGCAACAAGUCCAACUGUGAAAAUGUCUCUUAAAGAAUUAAACAGAGUUACAGAACAAAUGAUUCAGCAGAAUGCAACUUUGAGAAGUCACAUUGACAUUCUCAGUAAAAAUCUUUCCAACAUAAAGCACCUGGAAACAUCACACAAACACUUUAAGAAUGAACGGAAAGCUGCUUUCAGGGAGAACAAGGAAUUAAUUCAAACUUUAGAGUCUCUGAACAAAGAAGCUCAGAAACAACUGAAGGUUCAGGAGAAAUGUGCGGAAGAAAAACAAAAGAUUGAAGAUUUCUCUGAAAGAAACAACUCUAUUAAGGAGCAAAUUAAAACUCUGAAAUUGAAACUUUGGCCGAAAGAAGAACUGAAAUUGGAAAAGGAGAGAGUGAAAUCUCAACGAAAAAAUGUGGAAAAGAAAUAUGCGGUUCUUCAGGCUGAACUGCAAAAAUAUCAAAAGAAAGCAGCUCGACAAUCACUUCUGGAAGUAGAUUACAGACUAGAGUUGAAGGAGUCCCAUCUUUUACAGCAUAAAACUGAAGCUCUGAAAAGUGAACUUCGGCAGCUGCAAACAGAGCAAGAGGAACAAGAGGAGAUGAGACAAAGCUAUCCCAGAAUGUGUGUAGAAAAAGUCAGAUUACAAAAAUUGAACACAAAGUUGGAAAUGGAGAUUUCAGAGAUGAAAAAGAGCCAAAAGACUCCUGAGGAACUGUCUGCUCAGUACUUCCAACUGAGAGAGGAGAGGGAUUUACUUAGAGUGGAAGCAGAAAACCUCUUGGAGACCAGAAAAAAAUCCGAGAUCAUGCUGAAAGAUGUCAAAAAAUUGGAAUCUGAAUGUGAUCAAAUGCAGGCUGAGAAUGAGAAAACCAUCCAAACUAACCUGGAACUCUCCCUGGAAGUUGCCGAGCUGCAAAGAGACUUGGACAUUCAACGAAAGGAUAUACACAAGAAAAGACAAAACUAUCAAAGUCUGGUGGACAAAAGGGGCAGUUUACAGAACUUCACCAAGAUACUGGAAUCAGAGAUUCAAACCAAAAAGGAAGAAUUGUCCAAAACAUCUGUCCGAUCGUGUAGGCAGAAACACGAAGACGGAACUUUAAUGGAAGACUCUGAGGGAAACUCAGAUGAUGAGCUGGAACUCAGUGAAACACUUUUCUCUGGCGACUCUGAAUCUGAUGAAAAUUCUCCAAUGUCUGAGGAAGAUGAUGAGGACUUCUCAGACGAUGAAGAAAAUGGUCUAAAGAAGGAAAGACCGUUUCUACUGAAGAUGUCCAGUCUGAAGAUUUCAGGGUUGAAUCAUAAAAAACUGGGGGUGAUUUUAAAGGGACACCAGAGACUGUUCAGGAAGGGUCCAGACUGAGCUUUGUGAUCUGACUUUUAGCAAAAAUGUAGGAAGUUUGUUUUUUUAUAAGGAAAUUAUUUCAUGCUACUUCUGUCUUUACUCAUUUGAAUAGAUCUUUUUCAUUCACUUCACUGAUUUAUAUCUGAUUAUUAAGGCUUAUUUAUUUCUUUAUUUACUUUUAUCUUGGAUCUUAUUAAUGAUUAAUUUUAUGCAUUACUAUGUUGUGUGUGUGUUGGGGGGUUUAGGCUAUGUAUAUGUUUAAUAUAUAUAUGUUUUCUUAAUU